CCUUGUGAUCCUCCCGCCUCGGCCUCCCAAGGAGCUGGGAUUACAGGUGUGAGCCACCACACCUGGCCCGCUAGAGAUUCUUUAAACCAUUGUUAGCACACUAAGCUCUUGGAGAUUGUGGUGUUACUGUGGAGAGGCUUGUGAAACAGGUGUUUUCGGUAAAAAUAGUUACAGUUGGGGCCGCCAUGUUGCAGCAGGAUAGUAAUGAUGACACUGAAGAUGUUUCACUGUUUGAUGCAGAAGAGGAAACGACUAAUAGACCAAGAAAAUCCGAAAUCAGACAUCCAGUAGCAUCAUUUUUCCACUUGUUCUUUCGAUUCAGUGCAAUGGUCGUCUGUCUGCUCUGUGAGUUGCUCAGCAUCAGCUUUAUUACCUGUAUGGUGACAAUUAUCUUGUCGUGUGACUUUUGGGCAGUGAAGAAUGUCGCAGGUAGACUCAUGGUUGGCCUACGUUGGUGGAAUCACAUUGCUGAAGAUGGAAAGAGCCACUGGGUAUUUGAAUCUAGAAAGGAGUCCUCUCAAGAGAAUAAAACUGUGUCAGAGGCUGAAUCGAGAAUCUUUUGGUUGGGACUUAUUGCCUGUCCAGUGCUGUGGGUGAUAUUUGCCUUUAGUGCACUCUUCUCCUUCAGAGUAGAGUUGGCGGUGGUUAUCAUGGGUGUGGUGCUACAAGGUGCCAACCUGUAUGGUUACAUCGGGUGUAAGGUGGGCAGCAGAAAGAAUUUAAGCAGCAUGGCUACUUCACAUUUUGGAAAGCAGUUCUUACGACAAAACACUAGAGAUGAUCAGACUUCCUGAAUAGAGAAAACUUACGUGCUUUGUUACAUUGGGGAACAACUGAAGAGAUUCUUGACUCUGAACCUUUUAGAGCUUAGUCCAUGUUACAACGAGGAGUGUUGGCUCUGUUUUUCCACUUAAAAACUUGAUUUAUAAAAAGGAAAAGUAGUUUUCAUAUUAAGUUUUUAUUUGCUUUCCAGCAUUUGGGGCUAGAAAGUAUAUGUUGGCACUAGAAACAUUGUCAGGAUUUAUUCUGUGGUGUAGGUGUGCACGUGUUCCAUAGGUAUGCACACAGCCGUGUAAUAUCAGUAUAUCCCAAGUUAAUGAAAGUGGUCAUUUACAUAGGUAAGGGAGACCUUUGCAUUUUGUUCCAUAAAACAUAGGAGGAUGUUCUUAGUCUGUCUCAAAGUUCUAUGUGUUUACAUAUUAUUUCUGUAGACUAUUUUCAGGAGCAAAUUUUGCUUCCAUGGUAAGAGUGAGCACUUUGGCUUAUGUAUAAGUUAGAAAGUAUUGUUAGUUUUCAAUUUGUACUUCAUGGGGAAAUUUCUUAGACAUUUGCAAGCAAGUGAAAACAAUUAGGGCCAGUGGUAUUAAUUAUUUUCUAAAAUUUUAUUUUUAUUUGGAAGAAGUCAUUUACUUAAGGCCCAGUUAAUAUAAAUGGAAUCAUCAUAGUUUGUUUAAGGAAUACCCAGAGAUUGCUGCUGUUCUAUUUAUUUUACAGAAAGGACAGCUAGAUUGAAAGCUUUUCAGUGGACCUUGAGCUAAUAGAUCUUUUACCACUAGAAGAGCAUUAUUCUCAUGUCAUAAUGAGAAUAAUCAUUUACAUACUUGGCAUAAUAAAUGCCUAAAAGAUAUUUUAUUUUCUGAAUCUAUUUUUUUCUUGCUAUAAUGGGGAUAUUGUAAAUUAUGCAUUUGUAUUAAUGGUAUUUCUUAAAGCAUUCUGUGUAACUGUAAACCAAUCCAGAAACUAUUAUAGGCAUUUGUAAAUUCUGUUAUAGGUAUUAUAAACUUUGUUGAAGUCUUAAUCAGCAGGUUAUGUUGUGAAUAUAUUCGUACAUUGUUAAAAUAGUUUUUAAGAUUAUUUGUUUAAUUGAAUAAGUGUCUUAUUGGAGUGAUAACUUUGAAGGUGCAAAACUUUAUAUUUGUAUAAAAUUCUACUGUUUACAAGG